AUGGUAGCCAUACAGGAUCCUGCUUUCUCGGCUGUAAUUCAUGACAAGCUCCAGGUCCCCAAUACCAUCCGGAAGGCAUGGAAUGACAGGGACAACCGCUGCGACAUUUGUGCCACACACCUGAACCAGCUGAAGCAGGAGGCCAUCCAGAUGGUGCUGACCUUGGAACAGGCAGCUGGCAGCGAGCACUACGAUGGCUCCCCGGGCUCUCCCCCGCCCCUCUCCAACAUCCCCACCCUGGUGGGGUCCCGGCACGUGGGUGGGCUCCAGCAGCCCAGGGAUUGGGCCUUCGUGCCCGCCUCCUACGCCUCCUCCAACUACACAGCCUUCGUCACCAACAAGCACAACAGCAAACCCAACAGCCUUGGAGUCAGCAAUGGAGCAGAGAAGAAGGGCAUGUCCCCAACCCAUCAGGCCAAAGUCAGCCUCCAGAUGGCCACCAGUCCCAGCAAUGGGAACAUCCUCAACUCGGUGGCUAUCCAAGCGCACCAGUACCUGGAUGGCACCUGGUCCCUGUCAAGAACCAACGGGGUCACCCUCUACCCCUACCAGAUCUCCCAGCUGAUGACAGAGACUGGCCGGGAGGGCCUGUCAGAGGCGGCGCUGAAUCGCUACAAUGCGGACAAGCCUUCAGCCUCCAGUGUCCCAGCCCCGCAGAGCUCCUGCGUGGCCACUGAGACUUCCACGGGCACCUCGGUGGCUGCUUCCUUCUUCGCAAGAGCUGCCCAGAAGUUAAAUCUGUCUUCUAAAAAGAAGAAACAUCGACCUUCUACUUCUGUGGCCGAGCCACCUCUCUUUGCCACCAGCUUCAGUGGCAUCCUGCAGACCUCCCCUCCCCCGGCGCCACCCUGUCUGCUGAGGGCCGUCAACAAGGUGAAGGACACCCCCGGCCUGGGCAAGGUGAAAGUCAUGCUUCGCAUCUGCUCCACGUUGGCCCGCGAUACCCCGGAAUCCAGCUCUUUCCUGAAGGUGGACCCACGGAAGAAGCAGAUCACCCUGUACGACCCCCUGGCCUGCGGAGGCCAGAAUGCCUUCCCGAAGAGGGGCAGCCAGGUUCCUCCGAAGAUGUUUGCCUUCGAUGCGGUUUUCCCACAAGAUGCUUCCCAGGCUGAAGUGUGCGCUGGGACCGUGGCGGAGGUGAUCCAGUCCGUGGUCAACGGGGCCGAUGGCUGCGUGUUCUGCUUCGGCCACGCCAAGCUGGGAAAAUCCUACACCAUGAUCGGAAAAGACGACUCCAUGCAGAACCUGGGGAUCAUCCCCUGUGCCAUCUCCUGGCUCUUCAAGCUCAUCAAUGAGCGGAAAGAAAAGACCGGAGCCCGGUUCUCAGUCCGCAUCUCAGCCGUGGAAGUGUGGGGCAAGGAAGAGAACCUGCGGGACCUGCUGUCCGAGGUGGCCACGGGCAGCCUGCAGGACGGCCAGUCCCCAGGCGUGUACCUGUGCGAGGACCCCAUCUGCGGCACGCAGCUGCAGAACCAGAGCGAGCUGCGGGCGCCCACCGCCGAGAAGGCCGCCUUCUUCCUGGACGCGGCCAUCGCCUCGCGCCGGGGCCACCAGCAGGACUGCGACGAGGAGGACCACCGCAACUCACACAUGCUCUUCACCCUGCACAUCUACCAGUACCGCAUGGAGAAGAGCGGGAAGGGGGGAAUGUCUGGAGGCCGCAGCCGCCUACACCUCAUUGACCUCGGCAGUUGUGUGAAAGCUCUUAGCAAAAAUCGGGAAGGAGGCUCGGGGCUGUGCCUCUCACUGUCCGCCCUGGGCAAUGUCAUCCUGGCUCUCGUCAAUGGCAGCAAACACAUCCCAUACAAGGACAGCAAGCUCACCAUGCUGCUGCGCGAGUCCCUGGGGAACAUGAACUGCCGCACCACCAUGAUCGCGCACAUCUCGGCCGCGGCCGGCAGCUACGCGGAAACCCUGUCCACCAUCCAGGUCGCCUCGAGGGUCCUGAGGAUGAAGAAAAAGAAGACGAAGUACACGUCGAGCUCCUCGGGGGGAGAGAGCUCCUGUGAAGAAGGCAGGAUGCGCAGGCCCACCCAGCUGAGACCCUUCCACACCAGGGCUGCCGUGGACCCUGAUUUCCCAAUCCCUCACCUGUCCAGUGACCCCGACUACUCCUCCAGCAGCGAGCAGUCCUGCGACACUGUCAUCUACAUCGGGCCCAACGGCACAGCACUCUCCGACAAGGAGCUCACUGACAACGAGGGCCCCCCGGACUUCGUUCCCAUCGUCCCGGCCCUGCAGAAGCCCAGGGGCGACAGCCGGGCCCCGGAGGCUGGAGAGGCCGCGGCCAGCAAGCCAGAGAGGGACUGCUUGAAGUGCAACACGUUCGCCGAGCUGCAGGAGCGGCUGGAUUGUAUUGACGGCAGCGAAGAGCCCAGUCAGUUUCCUUUUGAAGAGCUGCCUGCCCAGUUUGGGGCAGAGCAGGCAAGCAAGUGUCCCCUGUUAGGCCAGGCGGCUGGGACCAGCCUGCUCUGUGAGUCUGACAAGGAAGAAAAUGGGUCAGAUGGCCAGCUGACCGGUGACGGAGAGGGUGCUGACAGCCCGGCCUCCAGGAUGCCGCGAAAUCACUCACCUGUCCCUGCCACCGCCCUCACCAACAGCCCCAGCCCUGCCUCGCCCAGGAGCAUCCCUGGCAGCAGCAGCCAGCAUGGCUCCUCCCAGCUCGUGCAGAGCCCCAGCCUCCAGAGCAGCCGAGAAAGCCUGAACUCCUGCGGGUUUGUGGAAGGCAAGCCCCGGCCCCUGGGCUCCCCUCGGUUGGGCAUCGCCAGCCUGUCCAAGACCUCAGAGUACAAGCCGGCCAGCUCCCCUUCGCAGAGAUGCAAAGUCUACACCCAGAAGGGCGUCCUGCCUUCUCUGGCGCCGCUGCCCCCGUUGAGCAAGGACUCCGGCAUGGUUUCCAGUGAGUCCCUGCUGCAGCCUGAGGUGCGGACCCCCCCGGUUGGAAUGAGCCCCCAGGUUCUGAAGAAGUCCAUGUCUGUGGGGAGCGAAGGGUUCCCCGACAGCCCCGCUGAUGACGAGCGUCAGGCGGCAGCAUCUCCAGAGUCCAGGAAGGAGAUCGUGAGCACCACGAUGGUGACGGUGCAGCAGCCGCUGGAGCUGAACGGCGAGGACGAGCUGGUGUUCACGCUGGUGGAGGAGCUGACCAUCAGCGGGGUCCUGGACAGCGGCCGCCCCACCAGCAUCAUCAGCUUCAACAGCGACUGCUCUGUGCAGGCCCUGGCCUCGGGCUCGCGGCCCGUCAGCAUCAUCGGCAGCAUCAGUGAGGACCUGGAGGGCUACUCCAGCGUGGCUCCUGUCUCUGAGGUCAGCAUCACGCAGUUCCUGCCCCUCCCGAAGCUGAGCCUGGACGAGAAGGGCCGGGAGGCCGGGAGCAGGCGGUCCUCCAUUAGCUCCUGGCUGAGCGAGAUGAGCACCGGCAGCGAUGGCGAGCAGUCCUGCCACAGCUUCAUCGCCCAGACCUGCUUUGGGCAUGGGGAAGCAAUGGCGGACCCCCCGGCCUCAGAGUUUGCUGGCAGCCUCCAGAACCCUGCCAUGGUGUGCCGAGAGAAGCCCAAGGCGGGCCCCGACAACCUGCUCAUCUUGUCUGAAACGGGGGGAGACUCUUUCAGCAAAGCCACGCCCAUCAAAGGCUGUAAGAUAUCCACCCUAGGCAAGGCCAUGGUCACCAUCUCCAACACGGCAAACCUGGGCAGCUGUGAAGGGUACAUCCCCAUGAAGACCAACAUUACGGUCUACCCCUGCAUCGCCAUGAGCCCCCGGAACGUCCAGGAGCCUGAGGCGUCCACCACCACCGCCCCCAAAGGAGCCCAGUCCCAGGAGGGCAAGGAAACCAGUGCAAAGAGGGAGAUGACAUUUGAGGACCCAUGGCUGAAACGGGAGGAGGAGGUGGAGAAAGAGAAUGCUUGUCCCAGUGAAGGACAGAAGUCAGAGGCUGCUGCAGGCCCUGCAAAACCUGAGGCCAGAGCAGAGCGAGGACAGGACAGGAAGGCCAGCCCCGGGGACAGGCUGAGCAGCAGCAGCGGUGAGGUGUCUGCCUCCCCCGGGACUGACAACUGCAAGAGGGUCGUGGAUGGCUGCGAGAUGGCCCUGCCCAGUGGGGCUGCCCAGAGCCCUGUGCAUCCCAACAAGAGCCUGAAGUCCAGCAGCCUUCCCAGGGCUUUCCAGAAAGCCAGCCGGCAGGAGGAGCUGGAUGGCCCCCUCUACCACAGCACCCCUGAGGCCAGUGGCAUGGGCACCACUUUGGGUAGCCCGUCCUCCAAGGCAACCCUGGAGAGGAAGGUGGCAUCCCCCAAGCACUGCGUCCUGGCUCGGCCCAAAGGCACCCCCCCACUGCCCCCUGUCCGAAAGUCCAGCUUGGACCAGAAGAACCGGGCCAGCCCCCAGCACAGCGCCUGUAGCAGCAGCACCAGCAGCCCCUUGAACCAGCCUGUGCCCUUCUUGGCCAGCUUCCCUGAUGAGCCCAGCGGCAAGGUGAAGGAUGCCAGCAGCAGCAGCAAGCUCUUCAGUGCCAAGCUGGAGCAGCUGGCCAGCAGGACCAACUCUCUGGGCAGGACAACCAUCAGCCACUACGAAUGCCUCUCGCUGGAGCGGGCGGAGAGCCUGUCCUCCAUGAGCUCCCGGCUGCACGCAGGCAAGGACAGCACCAUGCCCCGUGCCGGGAGGAGCCUGGGCCGCAGUGCCGGGGCCUCACCCACCAACCCGGGCCCCCUGCAGUCGGCUGGUGCCUCGCCCAAGGCCAGCCAGUCCAAGAUCUCGGCCGUGAGCAAGUUGCUCCUGGCCAGUCCCAAAGCACGCAGCCUGUCCACCUCCACCACCAAGACGCUCAGCUUCUCCACCAAGUCCCUGCCGCAGUCUGUGGGCCAGAGCUCCAACCCGGCCCCAAGCGGGAAGCACAUGUCCUGGUCUACGCAGUCACUGAGCCGGAGCCGGGGCUCGGGCCUGGCCGCCAAGCUGCCCCUGCGCGCAGUGAACGGGCGCAUCUCUGAGCUCCUCCAGGGCAGCGUGGGGCCCCGGGCCUCACAGCCGCGGGCUGCCCCCGAGGAGGACCGCACGGGGGUCCCCGAGGACAAGCCGGCAGCUGCACCCCUGCUGCCAUCGCCUUACAGCAAGGUCACCCCGCCCAGGAAGCCGCAUCGCUGCAGCAGUGGCCACGGCAGCGACAACAGCAGCGUGCUGAGCGGGGAGCUGCCGCCGGCCAUGGGCAAGACGGCUCUGUUCUACCACAGCGGGGGCAGCAGCGGCUACGAGAGCAUGAUGCGCGACAGCGAGGCCACCGGCAGCGCGUCCUCUGCCCAGGACUCCAUGAGCGAGAACAGCAGCUCCGUGGGCGGGAGGUGCCGGAGCCUCAAGACCCCAAAGAAACGCUCCAAUUCAGGUUCUCAGAGACGGAGGCUCAUCCCCACGCUGUCCCUCGACACCCCCUCCCCUGUGAGGAAACCCGCCAACAGCUCCGGUGUCCGCUGGGUGGACGGCCCCUUGCGCAGCACCCAGAGAGGUCUUGGGGAACCUUUUGAGAUUAAAGUCUAUGAGAUUGAUGACGUGGAGCGGCUGCAGCGGCGAAGAGGGGGCAGCAGCAAGGAGGUCAUGUGCUUCAAUGCAAAGCUGAAAAUCCUGGAGCACCGCCAGCAGAGGAUCGCUGAGGUCCGAGCUAAGUACGAGUGGCUGAUGAAGGAGCUGGAGAUGACCAAGCAGUACCUGAUGCUGGAUCCCAACAAGUGGCUCAGUGAAUUUGACCUGGAGCAGGUGUGGGAGCUGGAUUCCCUGGAGUACCUGGAAGCGCUUGAGUGCGUGACAGAGCGUCUGGAAAACCGUGUCAACUUCUGUAAGGCCCACCUCAUGAUGAUCACCUGCUUCGACAUCACCUCCCGGCGCCGGUGAGAGAGCCGACCGCAGCCAGGCACAGGCACCAGGCCCGGGUGCUGGUGGCACUGAGACCACAGCAUGAGGAUGAAGGUUGGUGGAAAGUCUGCAGUGACGUUGAGCAGUUCUGUUUUCUGUAGGAGAUACAAACCCCAAACACGCGUGGGAGGAGGAAACGAUGGAAGCCCAAGGGAUGUGGAAGCCCCAUGAGACUGAAAAAGCACUUUGAGGAACUUUCUAGAACUUGUUUGUACAUAAGAAUACUGGCAAGAGAGACCUUGCUCUUCCCCUGGUUUGGUGAGGAAGGGCGGGAAGGGACGUGGGUGGCUGUUGAAAGCUGAAGCAAAACAACGGAACAUUACCCAGAUGGACUGAUUAAGUGCCUUGCAAAUCUUUACUAUUAUCCAAACAUUUAUGUUCAUACUUUCUUGUGUACAGAUGGUGCUAGUCAAGACGCAAACAAACAAACAACGAAAAUGAACACAUUUUUGAAGUGUAUUUACUGCCCGUUUUCUCUUGGUGUUUUAUCCUAUUUCUGACUUGCUGUUUCUAAGUAAGUUGUGUUUGUAGAGCUAUUUCCUAAUCAGUGUUGCAUAUGAAUAAAUGUUAACUGUCUCUUA